AUGCGCCCAUGUCACGUCAUCACCUCCGUAUAACGUCUCCCAAGCUACUCAUGCCCCGCAUUGCGCAGGGGUUGGGUACGCCGCCAGGGUAAUAUCAUGUUGUUGUUUUUAGGUUUUGGCCUUCUCGCCAUUUCAUGCUUCCAACGCUCCAAGACGGCCGAAGAGGCCCCCAAGACCGCCGUUGCCUUCAGUCCCACAUCCUUACGGUGGUGUUGGGCCCGCACUCCUGAUCGUACCAUCUACCACGUACAUUUCUGUCUCGCCGUGCACUGCACCGCCUGAUGGCGGCCAUCGCACAUCCAGCCUCGUGUCUCUCUUGCGCUCUGCUCUGGCAGCUCCUGGUGCAGCACCACCUCUGCUGCGCGGCGCUGAGGGUGGGAGACUCGCCCCACGACGGCGAGCCCGACUACGCCGAGCAGCUGCGCGCUGCCGCCGCGGGCAACGCGACGCGCGUAGCGGUCACAGGGCCGCUGCAGAAGAUAGGCGAGGCGAUCGACGACUUCCUGAUCCCGCGCCUGGAGUGGAGGUUCAGCCACUGCAGCGGGAGUCGGCGGAAAUCGAAGUGCGUCCUGCUGCGCGUGUCGGACACGGCCCUCCGCCAUUUCCGCGUGCUGGACUCGCUGCAGUUCCCCGCCGACACGGAAGAUCCCAACAGGUGCCCCGCCACCAUUAAGACGUCUAGCGGCUGGGUCGGGCAGGCCACGGAAGAAGACUUCUAUUUCAGCUUUGAGCGGUGGGUCAGCGACGUUAAGGAUUCCAAGAAGCGAACUGCUUUUCUGCCUGUGUGGUCGGAUCCACGUAUGGACAGUCAUCCAGCGGAGUAUUUCAGUCCGUUCUGCGGGGAGUUGGACGUAUCCUCCAUGACAGCGAGCACAGUCUCUCCCAUGACGAGGCAGGAAUGUUUUUUCUUGCCGACGUCCAGCUGCACGAUGGACACUGCACACUGGGGGAAGAAUUUGGUGGACGAAACUGAUAUGGCUGUGCCGUUCCGUCACCGGUUGUCCAAGCCAUUUGACCACAUCAGUAGCGGCGACUUGCAUGUUAUGUGGCAGAUGCUAUUCUUCCGUCAGAAUGCGCGGACACGAGAUGAGAUCGCCCGCCGUGAAGCAGAGUGGCGCUCCGAGAACCAGGCGUGGCCUGCGUCGGGAGCAGGCCCCACUUGCGCGGCGAUCCAUGUCCGCCACGGAGACAAGCUCACACCAUUCUGGAUAAAAGCACACGAUACCAUCGCUGGAGGCUUCAAUAAGAGCUUCGACGACUAUUUAGACGUGGCGCUUAAGAUGAUGAAGGAGAAGCCUCAGCUGACAGACGCCUCUCGGAGCAAGGAGCGCCCGUUGGUAUUUGUGAUGUCCGACGACGCUGACAUCAUCGCGAAGGCGAAGGGCUCUCGACGGGCCGUCGUCCAUACCGUGUCCCCGGGCACACCGCUCCCGAGCUUGUCAGACACACUUGCUGAUGGAAAGAACGACUUUGGAUACGCGGCGGCCAAUUCCGGGGACAUGCUGUCAUGGUUACUGUCCAUCCGCCUCAUGAGCGCUUGCAGUUUAUUUGUCGGUAAUACGGAGAGCUCCUUCUCAAGGUUUCUAUAUUAUGGCAUGUGCGAGCAGCGCAACGGCAUAUGCCCUCGCCUUUUCAGUUUUGGCCGGAGACUUGACGAAAGUCCGACCAUCUUUGAGGAAUGAGUUAUUCCAAAGGUAGUCUCGGUGAGGAGUUCCAAGACAUGUGCAUCCUAGUAGUAGCCCAGCUGUCCGCGGUAAGCAAGAACGCGCCUUUGCCUGGCCUCCUUGCCGCCGGGCGGCAUCCCUGGCCGCCUGGUUUGGCAGCGCGUGCUGCACCCGUUAAUCUGAUACAAGCCUCCUCUCAUCCCAAGACAGUUUUUGAAAUUUCUCGACAGAGUGCGCAAGGCUUCCAAGCCUGGGCUGGGCACGGCUCCUUUUCAGCACGUGGCGUUCUGCGCGACGUGGCUUUCUGAGGUCCGUAUGAAAAAAAA